AUGGCAGCUAGGACAGCAGCGAGUUAUAUCUCUUCACAAGCCGAAGAUAAUAUUAAAAGCCGCUUGAGAAAAUCUGGAGAAACAGGGCAUAACCCACGUGAAUAUGUGAUUGAUACCAGCAGCAAGGGGAGUAUUCAAGCCAUGGAUAAUGUCUCGAAAGAAAGUUGGGCUGAUGAGGUGAUUAUUGUGGAAUGCUCCUGGCAGUCUCUUGAUUUUUGUGUGGUUGUGGUUCACGGUUCUAAUGAUCAUAUUGAACGACGGGUUCUCUGGUGUGAUCUUCUUCGUUAUGCUUCUGGCUGCACCGUGUUUAUUGGGGAUUUUAAUGCUGUUAAAGGAGCUCAUGAGAGACGUAGUAGCAUCUUUCCGCUAAGAGCUUCUUGUUUGGAGUUUGGUUCGUUUAUUGAUGAUACUCACUUUAUUGAAUCCCCUACUGAGGGUUUGCGUUUCACUUGCUUUUCCUCGUCUCACUUCGGAUCACUCACCGUUGGUUUUACAGUGUCGUCGAGCUAUCCCUACGUGGCGUCGUCACUUCAGAUUUUUAAACAUGUGGGUGCUCCAUCCCACUUUAUGGAUAUGGUUUCGGGUUCUUGGUCUACCCCGGUUAACACUUUAUGCCCGAUCUUGAGUGUCAUGUUAAAGUUGAAGAAUCUCCGUGCUUGCAUUCGUGUUUGGAAUAAGGAGGUUUUUGGUAAUGUGGAUUCUUCGAUCGCCAGGUUGCAUAACCAACUUAUGGAUAUUCAGAAGAUAAUUUCUGAGACUGGAUACACUGAUGACUUAUUUGACGUCGAGAUAAGUAUUCAAGCCGAGCUGAAUGUUACUCUUACCCGGAAGAAUAGCUUGCUUCAACAAAAGAGUCGGGUUACCUGGCUACAGGAUGGAGACAGGAAUACUACAUUCUUCCAUAGAAUUGCUAAAUUUAAGAAGCGAAAUGCCCCUAUCACGAGACUGUCCAUUGAUGGUGUUGAUGAGUAUGACCCCGGGAUUAUUGAACAACAUAUUGUUGAUCACUUUGUUACGCUCUUCACGGAUGAUGGCAACCCUUUGGCGGAUUCUCUGGAAAUCGAAGCAUACUUGAAACAUGCUGUCACGGAGGAGCAGAACCGUCUUUUAGUUCGUAUCCCUGAUGAGAGCGAGAUUGUUGCUGCUGUUUUUGGCAUGGAUGUGAACAGUGCUCCAGGUCCUGAUGGGUUUUCUGGAAUGUUUUUCCAAAAAUGUUGGAGUAUUAUUAAAAAUGAUGUGAUUCUUGUUGUCCAUGCGUUUUUUCACCAUUCUUAUCUGCCAAAUGGGUGCAACUCUAACACCAUGAUUCUCAUUCCCAAUAAAGACACUGUUGACACGGUGUCGGAUCUUCUUCCCAUUGUGCUUUCCAAUUUCUUUUUCAAUAUCAUUUCUAAGAUUAUGGCUUCUAGACUAAAUGUGGUGGCUGCCUCUCACGUCUCGCCUAACCAAUUCGGGUUUAUUAGUGGCAGGAACAUCCAUGACUGCAUUAUGCUCAGUUCGGAGGGUUUCAAUUGCAUGCAUCGUACUAACCGGGGUUUGAAUAUGGCAUGUAAAAUUGAUAUCAGAAAAGCUUUUGAUACGAUUCGAUGGGGUUUCAUCAUGCAGGUGCUUAGGGCGACUGGUUAUCAUGAGUCUUUUAUACAGUGGGUUCAGAUCAUCUUUGCUUCUGCCAGGCUCUCUAUCCUUUAUAAUGGGAAUCUUAGCGGUUAUUUUGCUUGCUCGCGAGGUGUUCGGCAAGGGGAUCCUUUGUCUCCAAUUUUAUUUGGAAUUGCCGAGGAUGUUUUGAGUAGCAUAUUUCAGAGUUGUGUGGAGUCUUGUCAUUUGGCUCCAAUGGGGUUCAGUAGGACCAGGAAUUUUCCAACUCACUUGUUUUAUGCUGAUGAUAUCAUUUUAUUUUGCAAGGCUACGGUUCGUAAUGCCUGCAAGAUUCAAGAGAUUCUCAACUAUUAUGGGUCGAUUUCUGGGCAGCACUGUAGCACUGAGAAAUCAAAUAUUUUCUUUGCCAGAAGAGUUCCCACUGAUAGACGGCGUGCGAUUCAUCGGGUUUUGCCUUUCUCGAUAGGAAGUCGGCCCACGACUUACCUUGGAGUGCCGAUCUCUGUUGGACGGACACAUGCUUCUUUCUUUAUGCCGAUUUAUGAUCGGAUAGUGCAAAAAUUUGCUCGUUGGAAAGGAAUCCAGCUUUCUAUAGCUGGCAGAUUAUGUCUUGUUAAAUCUAUCAUCCAAAGUUCGAUGGUGCAUUCGAUAAUGGUGUACAAGUGGCCGAAAUCUCUUCUUCACGCUCUGGAUAGAAAGUGCAGGAAUUUUGUGUGGUCAGGAAAUGUGGAUAAGAAACCUACUUGUGUGGUAAGUUGGGGGCGUGCUUGCUCGCCUAAGGAAGAAGGGGGUUUGGGAAUUCGUUCUUUCACCCUUAUGAAUCAGUCUUAUCUGAUGAAGCUGGCUUGGAAGAUGAUCAAAGGAGCGGAUUGGGCACAUCAACUUAUUAGAUCUCGAUAUCUCACUAAAUUCGGUUAUGCUAAACCCUCGAUUGCUAACUUUCCGGUUUGGGUUGGGGUUAAACAUGAGAUUGAUCAACUUAUGGAGAAUACGUAUUCUUGUAUUAGUCGCGGCGACAAUACGUAUUUCUGGAGAGAUAAUUGGCUUGGGUAUACGCUGGUUGACAAGCUCAAAAUCCCUCAUUAUAUGCAUGAUUACCUUAAUUUCUCUGUACAGGAUUAUUUCUAUGAUGGGGUGUGGCAUUUCUCGGCAUCUUUUGUUAACCGCUUCCCUGAAGUGGUUGCUGACAUUUUGCUUGUUCUGAUGAGUGGCGAAGCUGAUUCCCUAUACUGGAAGCACUCGGUCAGAGGGGAUAUCUUAACUGCUUUAGCUUUCUCGAAUAAAUGUCACUGCUUCCCCAAAGUGAAGUGGGGAACGUGGAUUUGGGAGCCAUUUAUUCCUGUUCGUCGCUCCAUUCUUUGUUGGAGGGUCAUCCACGGUCGACUCCCAACGUUAGAUAUUUUAAUCCGCCAAGGUUUUUCGGCUCCUAAUGGUUGCUUGCUUUGUUUCAUGGGGGCUGAGUCCAUUUCUCAUUUAAUGUGGGAAUGUACUAAGAUUAGAUUGCUUUGGAAGGAGCUCCUUUUGUGGUUUGAGAUGGAUCAUCUUUGGGAAUGCAUUGAUAUUCAUGCUUUCCUCGUUGCGGCGUGGAAUGCUCCCUUUAGCUCUCGGAUUAGGGCUUUCUGGAAAGCUGGAAUUAUCUCCCUCAUGUGGAAGAUUUGGGACUGUAGGAAUUUGAUUAUCUUUGAAAAUGCUAGUUUUGAUGGUCGCUCUGUUUUGGCUUUUGUGAAAGGCUUUUUCAAGGAGAUUGAUAACAUUUCUUUGAAUAUGGGCAAUUCUAAUAGUUCUUGGAACGAUUAUAUUGUCUCAAGAAACCUUGGAGUGAACAACAAGGUUGCGCCUCCUCCACGUAUGAUUGAAGUGCAUUGGUGGCCUCCGGUACUUCACUGGAUUAAAGUCAAUACUGAUGGCUCUGCGCUGGGCACGCCGGGCCUCAUUGCUGCUGGAGGAGUUUUCAGGGAUAAUUGGGCUGUAGUCCGUGGCUGUUUUCAUAUAAAGGGAGGUGUUGGGGAAGGCAAUCAGCCGGCUGAUAUUAUGGCAAACAAUGACCGUCGGGAGGGAUGGUGGCCUUUUGCUAUCGAGGAAAUCAGGCUUGCGGUGUCUCGCGACAUGUCCACCCAUAGUCAUUUUGGUUUUGCUGGUUUGGGAGUUUGGCCAACAGGAAGGUUGUUCGGAUGGCUGUUCAGUUCGUCUAAUUGUAGUCCCCAAAUUUUGAAUAGUUGGAUUGUUCUUUCCUGUGUGGGGCUGAAGAUGGGUCAGAGCAGAUGGUGUGGUGGCUUGAUGGACCCUGUUUCGUCGAGCAGUUGGUGGUCAAGGUUGUUUCGAAGUUGGUUCGGGCUUUUCGUCGAACACUCGCUCGUCGUCGGACUGAGAAUUUUGCUUGCGGUGGCUGUCUCUGUCGCUGCUUCUUCUGGCGGCCCCGACACGCUGCUCUUCUUGAUAUGGAGAAUUCUCUCACCUUUGCUUCUCGUUUCUGUGAUGGUUUUCAAGGUUGUGUUGUUUUUGGCGACGAAGUCUCACAGGCUGAAAUCUUCAGUUUCUCGGGUUAUUUUGUUGGAUACUAUCGGCGGCAGCAUUCAACCGGUAGUGUAG